AGUGUAGUGUGUUGUCAUUGUCACUGUUCAAAUCAUAGGCUAUGUUCACUUAGUUCUUUGUUUUCACAUAAAUAAAUCAAGUUUCAAGUUGGUGAAAGAAAUUGAAUUGCCAAGUACAGAAUAGGUCUAAUAAUCUAGGUUUGAGGGAAGACAUCAGCCUAUAUUCUGAAAAAAAGAAGAUUAUUAAUAGCAAUACCUAUAUGGUAAUACAGUACAAAAAUAGAAAUUAUGGAGCCAAGUAACCCAACUCCAUCAAAUGAAAAACUGAUUGAUUCUUUAGUCUCUGGCAUAGACACAUGUAAUUUAAACCUGGAUGAUUCGACUAAUGAAGAAAACAAGCAAGAGAAAGAUAGUGUUGGUGUAAAAGAAUCAACAAACAAUUGUGAUGGUUCAGAGUGUAAAAAUACGGCAUCUGAAGUUCUUGAAGAAAAUGACAGUGAAAAUAAAUCAGACAAUGAAGAACAAAUACCCACAACUGAGGAUGAUCUGGUGGACGAGCUAGCCAUGAAAGACCUUGAACUAACAUACACAGAAGAAGAUAGACAGAGACUACAAAAGGAAGCAGAAGUUUUCAAACAAAAAGGCAAUGAAUUGUUUAAAUCAGGGGAGUUCAAGGAAUCAGCCCUGGCCUACACUCAAGCGCUUCGUACCUGUCCGCUAUCAUUCCAGAAUGAACGGAGCAUUUACUAUUCCAACAGAGCUGCAUCAAAAAUGAAGCUGGAACUAAAUGAGUCAGCUAUUGAAGACUGUACCAAGGCCCUAGAACUGAAUGAAAGGUAUCUAAAGGCAAUAUUUAGACGAGCUCAACUGUAUGAAGCAACUGAUAAACUUGACGAGGCAUUGGCAGACUACAAGAAAAUCCUAGAAAUUGAUCCUUUGCACAGAGACGCUCUGUUUGCUUCUAAGAGACUGCCAGACCAGAUUCAAGAAAGAAAUGAAAAGCUGAAGGAUGAAAUGUUAGGCAAACUGAAAGACCUUGGCAACAUGUUCCUGAAACCCUUUGGGCUGUCUACUGAAAACUUCCAGCUAUCACAGGAUCCCAACAGUGGAGGGUACUCUGUUAAUUUUAAAAACUAGUUCAUUUUGUUAUAACUUGAUUAAUGCUCUAUGUUUGUAUAUAUACCAAAUAAAAUUUGAUAAAUUAUUCCAACAUCUUAA